AUGGCGACCGUAAACACAAAGACCGGCAAGGUCGUUGACCGCGCGGUCUUGGACUCAAUGCUCCGGCGCCGGCUUUUCUACACCCCUUCUUUCGAGAUCUACGGAGGUGUUUCCGGUCUUUACGACUACGGCCCCCCCGGUACCGCCCUGCUGAACAACAUUGUUGACUUGUGGCGCAAGCAUUUCGUGCUGGAGGAAGACAUGCUGGAAGUGGACUGCACCAUGCUCACCCCGCAUGAGAUUCUGAAGACCAGCGGACACGUCGACAAGUUCGCCGAUUGGAUGUGCAAGGACCCCAAGACUGGCGAAAUCUUCCGCGCGGAUCACUUGGUAGAGGAAGUUUUCGAGGCUCGCUUGAAGGGCGACAAAGAGGCGCGUGGUCAAAAGGUGGUCGUGGACGAGGAAAAGGAAGCAAAGAAGAAGAAGAAGGCAAAGGACGCAAAGGCCGUCAAGCUUGAUGAUGCCCUCGUCAAGGAAUACGAGGAGAUUUUGGCGCAGAUUGAUAACUUCGACGGUCCUCAAUUGGAAGAGAUCAUCGCCAAAUACGACAUCAGAAACCCGACGACCGAUGGCAACCUCCUUCCUCCCGUCGCUUUCAACCUCAUGUUCCAGACCUCAAUUGGCCCUAGCAGCAACAUGCCGGGUUACCUGCGGCCUGAAACCGCUCAGGGUCAGUUCCUGAACUUCCAGAAGCUGCUGGAGUUCAAUCAACAAUCCAUGCCUUUCGCAUCGGCCUCCAUCGGCAAGUCUUUCCGUAACGAGAUUUCGCCUCGCGCGGGUCUGUUGCGCGUGCGUGAGUUCCUCAUGGCCGAGAUUGAACAUUACGUGGACCCCGAGGGUGGCAAGAAGCAUCACCGCUUCGAGGAAGUUAAGGAUAUUGAAAUGUCUUUCCUCAACCGUAACGUUCAGCUCUCUGGAAGCACGAAGACUGAGAAGAUGACCAUCGGUAAGGCGGUUGAGACCGGUAUGGUCGACAAUGAGACACUUGGAUACUUUAUUGCCCGUAUCCAGCUGUUCCUUCUCAAGCUCGGCGUGGACCCGAACAAGCUCCGCUUCCGUCAGCACAUGGCUAACGAGAUGGCUCACUACGCCGCUGAUUGCUGGGAUGCGGAACUGCUGACCAGCUACGGAUGGAUUGAAUGUGUUGGCUGCGCUGAUCGGAGUGCCUACGACUUGACAGUGCACAAGAACAAGACCGGUGCACCUCUUGUUGUCCGCGAGCCCCGGGCCGAGCCUUUGAAGGUCGAGGAGUGGCAGGUUGAUUUGGACAAGAAGAAGUUCGGACCUCGUUUCAAGAAGGACGGCAAGGCCGUCGCGGCUGCCGUCGAGUCACUCUCUCAGGAGCUCCGUGAGAAGUUGGCCAUCGAUCUGGAGAAGAAUGGCAAGAUCGAGGUGGAUGUGGACGGUGUUGGCUCUGGUAAGGUGGAGCUCGACCAGGACAUUGUCAAGAUCGAGAAACGCACGCGCGUGGAGAACGUUCGCGAGUACACACCCAAUGUCAUUGAGCCUUCGUUUGGCAUUGGUAGAAUCCUGUAUAGCAUGAUUGAGCAUGUUUACUGGGCCCGUGAAGAAGAUGAAGCCCGUGGUGUUCUCUCCUUCCCCCCUGUGAUCGCUCCCACCAAGGUUCUGAUUGUUCCUCUCUCGACACACGCAUCCUUCCGUCCCCUUCUGCAGCAGCUGAUGACCAAGUUGCGGCGCAUGGGUAUCUCCAAUCGCGUCGAUGACUCCUCCGCCAGUAUCGGCAAGCGCUACGCGCGUAAUGACGAACUGGGCACACCUUUCGGGAUCACGGUUGACUUCCAGUCGGUGAAGGACAACACCUUCACUUUGCGUGACCGUGACACAACCAAGCAGGUGCGUGCCAGUGAGGAUGAGAUUCUGCAGGCGAUCAGGUCCCUGGUGGAUGGUGAGAAGACAUGGGAAGAUAUUCGCAAGGAACUUCCUGAAUUUACUGGACAGGAGGUUGAUUAG